AAGAGGCUGAAGGCAGCGGAGGCCGACAGCAAACUGAAGCAAGUCUACAUCCCCACCUACACCAAACCCAACCCCAACCAGAUCAUCUCGGUGGGCUCCAAACCCGGCGUCAACGGGGCCGGCUUCCAGAAGGGGCUGAGCUGCGAGAGCUUCACCCUCACCCCCCAGGAGCCCCACUCUCGGGGUCACCUGUCGCGGCCCGAGGCGCAGUCGCUGUCCCCGUACACGACGAGCGCCAGCCGUGCCAAGCUGCUGGCCAAGAACCGGCAGACGUUCCUGCUGCAGACCACGCGGCUGACGCGGCUCUCGCGCCGCCUGUGCCGCGACGUGCUGCAGCCGCGGCGGGCGGCGCGCCGGCCCUACGCCCCCAUCAACGCCAACGCCAUC